GUCAAGUCUUAUGUGAAACAAGGAAGCCUGCGUUGUUCAUUACUCGUUAGCACAAUGCCCAUCAAAGAAUCCAAAAACAAAAAAAGCCUUCUUUUAGCUUCUGAUAGCCGUUAUAGCGGUGUUGAGCUCUGAUCUAUCCCAUGAAUGCUACUGCUAUAUUGAAAAAAGAUAUCCCAUGAAUACCGCUGUUGCUCCCGUAGCUAGCUUCUAAUAAAUUCCCUCUUUCAACCGGAAAAAAAAAAAAAAGAUAAAUAAAUAAAUACGUGUUCGAUCUCUAAGGUCGCAAGCGGCAAGCUCCACCUCAACCAGGAAAACCUUGUGAGUCUGUGACAUCCCUAAAAGGGGGGAAAAAAGAGAGGACAAAUCCAUGCGCAGAAUCUGAUAAAAAACGAGAACAAGCACAGGCUUGAAGCUUCUCAGUACCACCCCUCUAUCAGAGCGUCUCUCUAUUUUCGAACUGAGAAUCCCUCGACCAAAUCUUGGGGCUAUGAGGAAGAGGGAGAGAGAAAACCCUUGUGGGGUUUGUGGCCACUAUCAUAAAUAUGAAGAAGGAGAGGUCUGCGGGGUUUGUGGCCACCGGAUUCCGGCUCCAUCAGAGAAAACAUCGAUUCAAGUUAGUGCCUUUCCAUCGGAGAUCUUGCCCGAGUUCUUAUAUCUUGGUAGCUAUGAUAACGCAUCGCGUUCGGAGCUUCUCAAGUCUCAGGGAAUCUCUCGUGUUCUCAAUACGGUACCUGCUUGUCAAAACCUCUACAAGAAUUCAUUCACCUAUCACUGCCUCCAAGAUGAGAAAACUUUGCCUUUUGAUGAUGCAAAUCAAUUUUUAGAGCAAUGUGAAAGGGAUAAAGCUCGUGUUCUGGUGCACUGCAUGUCCGGAAAAAAUAGGUCACCGGCUAUUGUAAUAGCUUACUUGAUGAAGUCCAAAGGAUGGAGACUUGCCCAAAGUUACCAGUGGGUGAAAGAGCGGAGACCAUCUGUUGAACUAUCUGAAGCUGUCUACCAGCAACUUCAAGAGUAUGAGCAGAAGCUCUUUGGAUCAUUUGGUACAGGCAACCUUGUCCCACCAGUCUUUGAACCUGCAGGAGUGCCUUUGUUUAACUUCGGCUUCCCAAAGAUUAAUGAUCCAGUUCCCAUUCCCGCUUUCAGCAAUGUUGGUGCUACCUCUAUUUUCGCCCGUCCUCCUUUAGACAUUCCUCCACAUGAAUUUACUUUUGGAGCAGGCCUGAUUCAGAAGAAUAAUGAUAGUACACUGAACCCAAAUGGGAGUGAUAUUCAAAUGGAAGGUUCUUGAUUUUCCUUUGUUUAUAUCCUCUGCGAGAUCAACCCUUGGUCAGAAGUUAAAUCAGUCCUGACAUAUGAGUUUCUUUUUAACACAUAUGGAUGUAAAGUGAGUAGAAUACUCGGGGCAUUUUGGUUUGUAAGAUUUGACAUGUUCGUAAGUUCUGUGUGCCUUGUCUUCUCCUGUCUAAUGUUCAAAGUUGCAACAAUCUUGUCUCUUUCCUAAUAUCAUACAAGUGAUUCAAUAGAA